UGUCCUCUUGUGCUACACCCCCCCCACAGCUCUCAGUUGCACCCUGGGUUUCUGCUCCCCCAGAACAUGGGCACGUCUGAAUCCUCCAGGGAGCACUGUGUAUGGGCCUGCUGGGCACCCAACCUCCUUACACUGUAGACCUCGCCAGCACAAACAGAGGCACAGACAUGAGAUUCUCAUCUCCCAAGGACAGAGCUUUCAGCCAGGCUGAAAGCAACCUAGCUUUUCUUAUGACAUUGAGGUGAGGAAGAAAGAGAGUAUUGGGGUUCAAUUUAAUUUUUCUUGAGACAGUGUCUCAUGUAGCUCAGGUUGGCCUGGUACUCCCUAUGUGGCAGAGGAGAACCUUGAACUCCUGAUCUUCCUGCUAUCGCCCCUGAGUAGAGAUCAUAGGUAUGUGCCGCCAAACCUGUUUUUUGUUUUGUUGUUGUUGUUAUGGUGCUAGGGACUGAACCCAGGGUUCUGUGCUUGUGCAUGGGAGGUGAGCACUUCACCAGCUGAGGCACAUCCCUGCCCAAGAGUUAGUCUAUUACUAUUACUGAGACAAUGUCCCACUGUGUAUCCUGGCUGCCUGGAACUUGCUAUGUUGACCAGGAUGCUCCUGGAAUCACAGAAAUCCAGCCACUCCGCCUCUUGAAUGCUAGGAUUAAAAGUGUAUGACAUGGUGCCUGGCCAAGAAUUAGUUCUUUGUUUUGUUUUGUUUCUUAAAUAGCUCAGGAGGCUCUGCAGAUUAGGUAGGAAAAUGCUUUUGGGUUGAGGAUUUCUGAGGGUGGGAUGUGGACCAGCUCCUUCCCAAACACAGUCAUGUCACGAUCUUGGGUUGCCAAUGGUUUUCCUCCUCACCAGGCAGAGAUAGACUCUCUUGGGGUAUGAGAUCGCUCUGGAGUGAGGAGCAAGCAGCAUGGGGUUGGCCCUGCCUGAUGCUCACUCCUUGCUCCUCUCUCCCAGCGGUACUGCAGCGGCUGCGGAAGAUCUACCAUACAUCCAUCAAGCCCCUGGAGCAGUCUUACAAGUACAAUGAGCUGCGACAGCAUGAGAUUACAGAUGGGGAGAUUACUUCCAAGCCAAUGGUGCUGUUCCUGGGACCGUGGAGCGUCGGCAAAUCCACCAUGAUAAACUACCUCCUCGGGCUAGAAGACACUCGCUACCAGCUUUACACAGGUGCUGAACCCACCACUUCCGAGUUCACUGUCCUUAUGCAUGGGCCCAAGCUGAAAACCAUUGAGGGCAUCGUCAUGGCUGCUGACAGUGCCCGAUCCUUCUCACCACUGGAAAAGUUUGGCCAGAAUUUUCUGGAGAAGCUGAUUGGCAUCGAGGUUCCCCACAAACUUCUAGAACGAGUCACUUUUGUAGACACACCAGGCAUCAUUGAGAAUCGCAAACAACAGGAAAGAGGCUACCCCUUCAACGACGUGUGCCAAUGGUUCAUCGACAGAGCCGACCUCAUCUUUGUUGUUUUUGAUCCCACCAAGUUGGAUGUGGGUCUGGAGCUGGAGACACUCUUCCGCCAGCUGAAGGGACGGGAGUCUCAGAUAAGGAUCAUUCUGAACAAGGCUGACAACUUGGCCACACAAAUGCUCAUGCGGGUAUACGGAGCUCUCUUCUGGAGCUUGGCCCCUCUUAUCAAUGUCACAGAGCCUCCACGGGUUUAUGUCAGCUCCUUCUGGCCACAGGACUAUAAGCCUGACACCCACCGGGAACUGUUCCUCAAAGAAGAGAUCUCUCUCCUGGAAGACCUGAACCAGGUGAUUGAGAACAGGUUAGAGAACAAGAUCGCUUUUAUCCGCCAGCAUGCCAUCCGUGUCCGAAUCCACGCUCUCUUAGUUGACCGCUAUCUGCAGACUUACAAGGACAAAAUGACCUUCUUCAGCGAUGGGGAACUGGUUUUUAAGGACAUUGUGGAAGAUCCUGAUAAAUUCUACAUUUUCAAGACCAUCCUGGCAAAGACCAAUGUCAGCAAGUUUGACCUUCCCAACCGUGAGGCCUACAAGGACUUCUUUGGCAUCAACCCCAUUUCCAACUUCAAACUCCUCUCUCAACAGUGCUCUUACAUGGGGGGUUGCUUCCUGGAGAAGAUUGAACGGGCCAUCACCCAGGAGCUCCCCAGUCUUCUGGGGAGCCUUGGGCUUGGGAAGAAUCCAGGUGCUCCUAACUGUGACAAAACAGGCUGUGGUGAGACCCCAAAGAAUCGCUACAAGAAGCACUAGUUUGUGUGUAGCCAUUCUCGGGUCCCCACUGGCGAAUGAGCUUACGUCCUAACUGUCUGAGAAGUCCUGGUUUAUUAACCCUUUGAGCCAUACUGGUGACAAUCAGUCUGCAUUGGAGAUUGGGGAGUUCAUUGAGGCCGAUGAAUCAGGGAAGGAACAAGGGUUCUAGGGAGGAGAGUGGAAACUGUGAAUUAUAGUGUGCUUGUCUUAUUGCUUCGUUACAAGGCCCAACACGGGCAAGCCAGGCUUCCCUUGUUUUUCCUGGGUCUCGUCUUGGAGGGACAGAGAGCAGCUAACUUCUAAUGACUACUCAGAUAAUGAGGGUCAAAUAAGCCAACCUCAGUCGAAUUCCCAAGUACUAGAGGGUUUUCAGGUCAGUGAGUGUCAACUCCUUUCACACAAAUCUUCUGUCCGUUCCCUCUGCCUCUUUGGCUCCCUCCUACGCUUGGGUUGGCUUUCAGCAGUGGACAGUCUCUUGAGUCUGAUCUUCAUGAAUUCUGAGCCCAACCUUGGAAUCUUCUCCAUCUUCCCAACCGGUAGGGCAUCCAGAACACUAAAACAAGAGUUUUUUGAUUAGGAUGCUGAUCUGCUACCCCAAGUAUCAUUUCAUUGAUGUCUCAGUUGGAGAGCUCAGACACUUAGUUGGCCCUAAAAGGAGGGUGAGUGGGUGAUGUACUCCAGAAGUACUUUUCCUCCUGAAAAUGGCUUACAUGAAAGCACUGGAAGGGCUCAGGGGUUAAUUGGUUUGCAGUGUGUCUUUGUCUGUUGCAUGUCUUGGAAAACUCAGAUCACAAAGGUGUUGGUUUCAGAAAGGACAAUGGGGACCUUGUUCCUGGUCCUUGGAGGCUUCUUUGGAAGCCACUUCUCCCAAGUUUCAGGGGAAACUGUUUCUACAACUUCUUUGUGGGAACCCUUGACAGAUGACAUGUCUCUCUUGGUUCCCAGGACUGUGGCUUCUCCUUCUCCUUCUUCUCCAUUCCCUGAUGCACCAAUACUUCCAUCUGAGAGAAAUUCCCUAGACUCAGAACCAGCCCCAGCCCUUGGCAUUGGUGGCACACAAGGUCUGAGGUUCCGGUUCCAUCUGAACUUCUGCAGAUAUCCACUGAAUGCAGUCAGGACAGCCAGGACCUUCACACACCAGUGAGUGUGCAUUUGUGUGCCCACUGUAAGAGAGAGCUAGGGCAAUGACAGACUUGAGGGCACAGAGAAAGGACUCCUCAGAGUCUUGCAUGGCAGACAUACACUGCCACCUUGGAGCACAUGGGAGCCAGAAGCCCUGGGAGGAUGAAGAGCAGGCAAGGUGAAGGUCAGGCUGUCUUGAGGGCCCUUUGAGCACAGCCAACUGCUUUUCUUUGGGAGCAAGUUGUCCUGAGGACCUUGAUUGUAAGGCAUGAGUUGGGAUCCACCAGUACCUGUGAGUCAUCUGGAGCAGAAGCAAAGUGGGGAAGGAAGGAAGGCUGAGCCCGAGUCGUUCCUUCUGAGGAUCAUGUAGGGAGUAUAAGCAGAUUGGUCAUCAGUGGGGGCUAUAUAAGGAACUUCAGUUUAGGAGUUCAUGUCUCUCUGAUACUUAGCUGUUUGGCUAUAAGGGAAGCUGCUGCUUUGGCUCUAUGUAGGGCCCAGGACCUCCCACAAGUCAAAUGCUCCAAAGCUGCCAAGACACUGUUUCCAAGGAGUGAGUUCCUUUCAUAGGGUCGUCUACUCAGGUAGAUGAGCUGCAGUCUGUCUUGGAUUUUUUCUCAUUAAAAUACACACCCAACCCUCAAACUCCGCAUCUCUCCAUCACUUGCUCUCUGGAGAGACUGUCCUUCCACCUUUCUCUUUCAUGCUCCUCACGCCUGAGGGCUUUGUGUAGCAAAUCUGGUUUUUCUCAGUGCAGUCAGAGAGACGGGGAGCCAAGCGGACCGUACGGACCCUGUCCUAGCUGUCAGUGCCUGCAUGCCUGGGGAAGCAGGUGAAAUAAGGCAAGCAAAUUCAUAUUUGUAUUUGGGGGAGGGCACCUUAUCGGCAUUACCUUCCAUUUGGAUUUUCCUCCAUCCUUUUCUCCUUUGUCUCCAUCCUGUUCCCCUUCUCACCCCCUAAUUCACUUUCCUCUCCUGCCCACGGGCUGCUGAUGGGCCAGCACAGAGUUUAGCACCCGUUCUUUGAACAGUUCUGCAGAGAUGGGUUCUGAGUAGGGUUCUGACUCUAGGAGGAGGGAGUUUCAUCCCAGGAGAAGCCUGAGAUCCAGGGAUUUCCCGAGUGGAAUCCAUGUAGGUGCCUGAACAGUGGCCAACCUUUCCAGUGUUCUUUCCACUCUGGUUUCGUCAGGGAGAACGUCUCAAUAAAGUUCCAAUCUCUCUUCAACACCUUGUCCUUCUUGUCUCCAGCCAGGUCAGUCUCUUGGCUUCCAUUUAUCUAGUACAGUGUACUCACGUUCAAGUUUAAAGCAUUCGCCUUGUUUUCUCAUGUCCGCUGGCCCCCCUUUUGGGGGCUCCUUCCAGCACCUAGCCUCCUGGGUGUGGAGGAGAAUUCAGUCCUCAGCUGGCAGAGGAGAAGCCAAGGCCCACUGCGUAUGGCGGGAAACCCAAAGGGCUUCUUCCUCUGAAGCGCCUUAGUUCAUUACUUCCGACACCCAGGGCAGUGUCCCUUUUGAACAGGGAUCACUUGACGUUUCCGUUCCCAGGUCCUUCACAGAGCAGCUCAGACAGUGACACCCACAGGCUCAUUUCCUCUACCUUACCUCAUGGUCUCCAUGGCUGUGAUGAGGUAGGGUCUGCCAGAAUGGUAAGAUGGCCACCUUCCUCUAGCUAAUCCAGAAACUGGCCAUCCCUCUACAGGUGUGGACAUGUGUGUUUUGAACAUGUCCCGACUCCUUGAGCCAGUACUCAUCCCACCACAUUUCAUUGUUUUUGGUGUCCUGAUCAGAGUAGGGAUCCUUUAAUUUGGAAGCUUUCUGCUCUGGAAUCCUCCCAAGAGGUGUCUUAUCAUGGUUUAAGAGCUAAUUUGAAAGGGAAAGACGUGGAAGGUUGGAAAGAACCUAAAAGGGAGAGCAGGACACACAGAUGUAGGCCACACCCAUACAGUUAUGCCAGGAAGGGUCCAGUCAGUGGCCAAGGCCAAUGUUUCUGGGUUCUCUGGCUCAGGAGGGGCUGAGCUUAGGGCCAGACAAGUGGGCCAUGUUCUCCCACACUCACCUGAUCUAGGGAAUCUUUGAAUAAGUGAGCACCCUGACCUGCUCACCUGCCGCAGCCUGAGGACCCCUACCUGCUUACCUGCUGCAGCCUGAGCACCCUGACAUGCUCACCUGCUGCAGCCUGAGCAACUCUACCUGCUUACCUGCUGCAGCCUGAGGACCCUGACAUGCUCACCUGCUGCAGCCUGAGGACCCUGACAUGCUCGCCUGCUGCAGCCUGAGGACCCCUACCUGCUUACCUGCUGCAGCCUGAGCACCCCUACCUGCUCGCCUGCUGCAGCCUGAGCACCCCUACCUGCUCACCUGCUGCACCCUGAGGACCCUGACAUGCUCACCUGCUGCAGCCUGGGUCUAGGCCAGAAAUACAGAGCUUUGCCCUGGAAGAGGGAAGGCAAGCAGCAAGGUCUUCUUCAAAGAGAAAUACAAGCCUCAGAUUCAUGCUGUUCCACAGCUCAGUGCUGCCAUUAUUGGAAUUGGGAAAGAAACAGAAAACAGAGAAGGCAGAACCACUCAAAACAUAGGAAAUGUGAGGGAUGUGAGUGCAAAGAAUAUGUGUAAGGACAUAUGUAGGUGUCCUCUACAUAUGGUUACAUAUAUAAGGGACAUGGAAAAACAUUCAAGUGAAGUCUGAGGGAGUGGAGAACAGGUGAAGAUGUGUGCUUUUGUGGCCCAAAGAUGCCUAAGUGUCUAGUAUAGUGUCAGAUACACAGUAACCCUUUACUUGUAUGCUACUGGAAUGAAUAAGUAGAUGCUGGAGGAGAAGGUGACUGUGUGUGUGUGUGUGUGUGUGUGUGUGUGUGAGAUUCUGGAUGGCCCACCCAGGAUGGAGACCCAAGAAGAGGCAUUCAAGGAACCCCUGGCUUUGCUGGUGUGUCUCAGCCUUAGAAACCUCACAGAUAACUGGCAGUACUUAAUGCCAAUUCCUCCUUGGUGACAUAAAGCUUGGGCUUUUUCUAACACAAAGAAAGUGUUCUCUAGAAGAUCACAAAGGCAAUAAGGAGGAGGCAACAGAAAAACAAACUGCCUAGUGACCUGGAACUGUACACAGGAAAGGUGUGUUCAGCAGGUUGUGCCCACCUCUUGUCCUAAGGAUAAACUCUCAAGCAUAAAGGGACUUUUCCUACACCUGCUUGCACUCUGGGAUGUAGGCUGUUUACCUACAAUGUGUAGAGGACCCAAAGUGGGGACUGACCACUAGGAAAAGGGCGUUUCUAGAGUAUUUUGUGCCAGGAACUGGGCUUCAGGCCUGCAGGCAAAGCACCCUUAUGGCUAACGAAGAUGGGCUAAUCAUGCCGUCUGUGUCUGGUGCGAUGCCGGCUUUAUGUGCACUGUUUAAUUGAAUCCUCACAACCCUGCAGGGAGGUUGCUGGCUAGCAGAGCUCAGCACACAGACUGUAGUCACACUGCCUGGGAUUGAUCCUGGGCUUGCUACAAGGUGGUCUUGGGCAAAUGACUAAAGGGUGUUUCAGUUUCCUCACUCAUAAAAUGGAGACAGUGACUGUUCCUCCCUUAUGGGGAAAUGGUAGGGAGUAAAUGGCUUGGUACGUGCAAUGUGUUUGACUUGACACAGGACACAACUCACAGAUAGUACUUAGUAAAUUUCAGUCAUUACUACUAUUGUUAGGCAUUUUUUACCAAUGAGACUGAUAGCCAAAGUGGCCAGGAUGAAGGCAUGUGUACCUGGGAGGGCUGGGAUGCUGCUCAACACCCAGCUCCCUGCAUGGCUCAUGCUAGGUUAUUUGCUCAGGGCCACAUUAGGCAACACUGAUUUUCUGACCCUAAGCCUUCUUUACAACCUGGAGAAGAUUUGCUUGAGUUUUUGAGUGCUCAUUCACUACUUUGAAUCUUUUUAUUUUAAAAUUUGUUUAUUUAUUUAUUUGGUGUGUGUGUGUGUGUGUGUAUGUACAUAUACAUGUGUGUGUAUGCUUGCGUGUGUAUGCAUGCUCAUGUAUGCAUGUGGACAGUUUUUGAGAGUCUGUUCUCGUCCUCAGCCACGUGGGCUCCAGGGACUGAACUCAGGCUGUCAGGCCAGCACACACGUGUCUCUCCUGGCUGAGCCAGCAUGCAUCCCUACUACAGUCUUCACUUCUUUUUUAAAAUUAUUGUUGAAAAUAGAUUUUUUAUACAAUAUAUUCUGAUUACAGUUCCCCUCUCCAACUCUUCCCAGAUCUUCCCCACCCACCCAAAUACAUACCAUUUUUUUCUCUCUCUCAUUAGAAAACAGACAAGCAUCUAAAAAAUAAUAAGAUAAAGUAAAAACAAAUAAACCAGAAUAGGAGAAAAGAAACAAACAGAAAAAAAAAUCACAAGAAACACACACAUUAGGAAAAGAUGGCUGUGUGUGGUGACACAUGCCUUUAGUCCCAGCACUAGGGAGGCAGAGAAGCAGGUGGAUCACUGUGCGUUCAAGGCCAGGACAGCUAGAGCUGUUACACAAAAGAAACCAUGUCUCGAAAAACAAAACACACACACACAAAAUAAGUAAAUAAAGAAACAAACAAAUAAAAAAAUAAAAGAGAAAGAAAGAAAGAUCUUUUUGAGACAGAAUCUCACUAUUUGGCUCAGGCUGACCUUGAACUUGCUACGUAGCCUGGUCUGUCUUCAAACUCAUGGUCUUCCUGCCUCAGCUUCCCAAGUGGUGGGAUUCUAGGUGUGUGCCACCAGGUCCAACUCUAUUAUAGCCUUAUCAACAACCGGUUUGUGCUGGCCUGGAGCCUAAAGUCAUGGUAUACAGUAUAUACUUCUCAAUGACUAAUAAAGGUGACUUUGAGCUGCA